AUGGAGAAGCAGCUGCGGUCAUCGUUCUCGGAAGUCCGGGCGGCUCCUUCUGAGGCGGACCCAAUAGCGACAGAGGUUCCUGAGGAUAUCACGUUGGAGAAGAAGGGCUUUCCUCUAGCUGUUGAGGCUAUGCCCUACCUUAUUAGAGUCAGGCCAAUCAAAGAUAUUCAUCGACUGCAGCUACAGUGGCAGUUGCCACCACAAAAUGGGAUGUACCGCACAAAGCCAGCUAACACGUUGGGGCAUCUCAUAGGGCAUGAGGGUUCCGGUUCACUGUUAUCCUUCCUGAGAUCGAAAGGGCUUGCAACAGACCUGUCAGCUGGGGUGUCUGAGGAAGGUUACGGUAGCAACUCUAUCUGCAGUAUAUUCGACAUCUGCGUGACGCUUUCUACCAAGGGGUUAGCUUUGUGGAAGGAAGUUGCUGUACAUGUUAUGGAGUAUUUGGAUAUGCUGAGGAGGUUGGGUUCGAUUCCUGAUUGGGUAUAUGAGGAAAUCAGACAGGUUAGCAAUAUGCAGUAUCGAUUUAUGGAAGAGAGGGAUCCCUCCACUACUGCAGAUGAUCUGUCGACCUCAAUGCUACCAUCUGCCAAGAUUGCUUACGAGAACCUCCUGAAUAGCUCGUAUUAUUUGGAGCCUGAGUUCAAGCCGGCUGAGGUGAAUGAGCUGCUGAACGAGUAUAUCAUCUCCGACAGAAUGUUGCUAGUGCUCACCAGCAGUGUGUUCGGACGGAGUAAGGGCACUGAGGAAGAAGGGGAAGACGACAUUGAGGCAGACGACGAGGGUGAUGACGAGGGUGAUGACGAUGAUAGUGAUGAUGAUGAGGAUAUGGAAGAGGAUGAGGAGGAGGAGGAAGCAGCUGGGGAUACACCUGAGGAAAUGCUCGAGAAGAUGACUAAUGAGAUGGGACUCAAUAUCGAGGGUCUCUUACCAGAAGGCGGCGCUCCGGAAGCUGAGCCGUGGUUUGGUGUGGAACACUGGCGAACAGCACUUGAUGAUGACUUCAAGGGCCGCCUGGCUGCUCCUAACGUCAACGACGAGCUCGCUCUUCCCAAGAGGAACGCUUACAUCGCUACGGACUUUACCGUCUACGACUCCUCUACGAGCUGUUCUGACCUCCCUGGAGAUGUGUUCCCCAAGAAUGAGGAGAAAGCAGAGGGUGUCACAGGCGUGUCACCUUUCGAUGGCUUCCCGAUUGUGCCGACUGAUCGCCAAGCCCCUAAAAUGAUGGUUGUCGGUGUAGACCAGUUCUUCUACCUGCCGAAAACACUCGUGGCAGCGACGCCUCGGUGUGAUAUACGUAUCCGCCUGGCUACCCCACUGUUUGUUAACGAUAUUACUAUGUUUGUGCGGCAACGGCUGUGGGUUGAACUUGCUAAGGAGGCGUUGAUCGAAGAGACCUACUUGGCGGAGAUGGCUGGCUUGGCGACUGAGCUCACUUUUGCUGCACAAGGCCUUGAACUUCGUGUUUAUGGUUUUAAGGAUUCUCUGGCAGCUCUGAUGAGAAACGUAUUGGAGGUCAUUCUUAACUUGAAAAAAGCUGAGGGUCUACUGGAGGGACGUUUUGGGGCUAUCAAGGAGGCUCUGGAACGACGGUUCUUCAAUGAGGACAUGCGUCCUAUUCCCUGCGCCUCCGCCAUUCAGCAGAUCAAGUAG